AUGAUUUGUCCAUUUCUUUUCAGCAUUUUAGUAACCAAUAGUAUAUAUCAUUGACUCAUGUAUAAUUGACGGAUCUUCACCAACUCAAUUGUUAUUCAUUACUGUUCAUUACUGUUAAUUGUCCAGUUUAUUUGUAGCCAUUACCUCUCUACUCUAACUAAAAAUGUGUUGAUACUACCCCAAAGUUUUUUUUGGGGUGCGAGGAAGUUUAAAAAUUUUUGGUGGGUAUAAUUAAAACUUGCUAUAUUGACUUACUUUACUUAUAGUAAUUAAUUAACAAUGGGUAAAUUUUUAUCUACAUUAAAAUAUUAUUUUAAGACCAUUGUAUUUGGGUCAUUAAUUUGUGGUUGUGCUUUAUAUGGUGUAAUAGCUUCAAUUAUCUUAAAGAUAAUUAAUAAACAACAAUAUUCUCAAUACACCGUGGCCAAAGCUUUCUUUCAUUUAUUUUCAUGGGUAUUAGGUCUUAAUAUAAAAGUUAUUAAUGAAAAAUAUUUACAUUCAAGUCCUGCUAUUUAUAUAUCUAAUCAUCAAUCUUCAUUAGAUAUUUAUGUAUUAGGUAAAAUAUUUCAACCAGGAUAUUCUGUUACAGCAAAAAGAUCAUUAAAAUUUGUACCAUUCUUAGGAUGGUUUAUGUUACUUUCUGGUACAUUCUUUUUAGAUAGAAGUAAAGGUGAUAAAGCUAAGAAAGUUUUAGAUACUGCUUUAGUAUCAUUAAAGAAAGAUAAUCGAGCUUUAUUUAUAUUUCCAGAAGGAACAAGAUCAAGAACUGAAAAAUUAGAAUUCUUACCAUUUAAGAAAGGAGCAUUUCAUCUUGCUAAACAAGCAGGAAUUCCAAUUGUUCCAAUAGUUGUUAGUAAUACUUCCAAUAUUUUUAGUUCAAAACGUAAGAUUUUUAAUACAGGAGAAAUUACAAUUGAAGUUUUACCACCUGUUUCAACUGAUUCUUUAGUAACAAAGGAAGAUGUUGGUAAUCUUUGUAAUAAAGUAAGAGAUGAUAUGUUAGAAGUUUACAAACGUAUUGGUUACUCAAAAGUUAGAGGUGAAAAACCAAAUGAAGAUCAACCUGUAUUAGAAACUGAUGAUUCAGAAACUGCUGAAUUAAUUGAUGAUGUGGAGAUAAUCUCCGAAGUAACACCUUUAGUAGCAAGUGAUUAAAUAUAUUAAAUU